AUAAGACGGAAGAAGCAAGAACCGAAAGACAGAAAACAAAACUCAAAAGUCGUGUGUAAGAGAAAAAAAAAAAGAAAUGGGAUUAGGCGGCGGAGAAGGUGGUGAGGAGAGGAGAAGCGGGGGAGAGAAGAUGAUGAUGGCGAUGUCGAGCUUGUUCAGCGACCAGCAGCAGAAUCCAAUCCAGCAGAUACAAGUGAAGUUCAAGGAGGUAGAAGUGGGUGUCAAGACGUGGCUGUCGAAGCAAUCGAUACCGGUGGAAGCAGCCGUGGUAGCAACCAUGAGCGGUGUGCAGGGAGCUUUCAUCGGAGGACUCAUGGGAACACUCUCCCCCGAGAUGCCUCAGACCAGCAACGACCCUCAAGCCAUGGCGUCGAUGAAGCAAGCUCAGGCUCUUGUGGGUGGGCCAUGGGUCCAGGCUCGGAACUUUGCUGCCAUUACUGGUGUUAACGCUGGAAUUGCGUGUGUUAUGAAACGGGUUAGAGGCAAAGAGGAUCUUGAAUCUGCCGUGGUGGCAGCAUUAGGAUCUGGAUUUGCCUACUCUUUGGUGAGCCAAGGCUUGCAAGGACAGCCUGUUAACGCAAUCACCACUGCUGCUGGUUUCGCUGUCUUCCAAGGAAUCUUUUUCAAGUUGGGAGAAAGAUUCUCUAAACCGAGUCCUGAAGACCCGUUUUACACACGAUCUAGAUCCAUGCUGUUGAAGCUAGGUCUACAGAAGUACGAGAAGAACUUCAAGAAAGGACUUCUAACUGAUCCCACCUUGCCAUUACUCACCGAUAGUGCGCUAAGAGAUGUGAGCAUCCCACCAGGGCCAAGGCUUCUGAUACUAGACCAUAUCCAGAGGGACCCUGAGAUAAAGGGCAAACGAGGAAAGUAGUAGCUGAGCCUGCCCUUUUGUUUGUUUAUAUGGUCAUUACUGGAAUCAAAUCUGUUUUGGCUGUAAGGAUAUGUCGAAACACAAAUGUAUGGUCUUGUUUUAAUGUUUUCCUUAGCUGAUAUUGCUAGGAAGAACUCUUGUUAGAUUCUUCUGCCUCUACUAGCAAUGUUGUUUUGAAUUCUCUUUAAAAUUUGAAAGCAUUUUAUAUUCUGAAGAAAUAAAUGGGAUAUGCUUUGUAUGAUAAUAA